AUGAUUGCCAUCAUCGUCGCUGCCUCUUCUUGUCCCGUUUCAGUUGUGAUUUUGCUUGGGUGGAUAUUUGCCAGAAUCGGGUUGAUUAAACGGUUUCAUGUUUGGGUUGCUCUUGGGUGUUAUCGAAAGAUGAAGGAAAAUCGUCUUGGCGCUAUCGAAGAACAGAUUGCGGCUAAGAGAAGAAAACUUGAUGAUGCCUCUGCCGGCAUUGGGUCAGGCAAAUGGAAAUGUAACAGAGCAAGACGUAGCAGACGAAAAGAUAGCAGCAAUCAAGAAACUAGUGAGGCGAGAGCUGCCGGUGAUACCGCCUGA